CUUUCUCUGUCUCUCUUCUUUCCUUAAUCUCAACUGAUCAUUACAUCGCUUUGGAGAAUCCAAAAAAAUGGAUAGCAGUUGCAUGGAUGAGACCAUAAGCGAUUCAGCUUCUGCUGCUUCAGCAUCUGUGUCACCGACAACGGUACUCCCUUCACCGCCGGGAAACAAUCUGCCGGAGAAACUAUGCCGAGUCGGAAGCGGAGCAAGCGUCGUUCUAGACUUAGAAAGCGGAAUCGAAGCCGAAUCACGAAAGCUUCCUUCCUCUCAAUACAAAGGUGUUGUUCCUCAACCCAACGGUCGAUGGGGUGCUCAGAUAUACGAGAAACACCAACGAGUUUGGCUUGGAACUUUCAAUGAAGAAGAAGAAGCAGCUAAAGCUUACGAUAUCGCCGCUCAAAGAUUCCGAGGCCGUGAUGCCGUCACUAAUUUCAAACCCUUAUCAGAUACCGAAGAAGACAACAUCGAAUCCAUCUUCUUGAAUACACAUUCUAAGGCUGAGAUCGUUGAUAUGCUUCGUAAACACACUUACAACGAUGAGCUUCAACAGAGCAAACGUAAUUACAGAGGUUGUUAUAGUGCCGGCGGCAAUAAGAGAAACAACGAAGAAGGAUUUUCAGCUUUUUCCGGUUCUUCCGAUAGAGUUUCGAAAGCCCGUGAACAGCUUUUCGAUAAAGCGGUAACACCAAGCGAUGUCGGAAAGCUGAAUCGAUUGGUGAUACCGAAGCAACACGCAGAGAAACAUUUCCCUCUGCAAAUCGGGAGUACUUCGAAAGGUGUUCUCUUAAACUUUGAAGAUAACGGAGGGAAGGUAUGGAGAUUUAGAUAUUCGUAUUGGAAUAGUAGUCAGAGUUAUGUGUUAACAAAAGGGUGGAGCAGAUUUGUGAAGGAGAAGAACUUGAAAGCCGGUGAUAUCGUAAGUUUCCAGCGGUCGACCGGAACUGAUAAACAGCUUUACAUCGAUUGGAAACCCAGGAUUGUGUGUGGGCCAGGUGGGUUUGUUGGUUCAACACAAAUGGUUCAAACGGCUGUUCCGGUUCUUCCUGUUCAGGUUGUUAGGCUAUUUGGGGUCAACCUCUUCAAGAUACCUACAGUUAGUCAUAUUGUCGGUAGCAGUAGCAGUUGGACUGGGAAAAGGGUGAGAGACACGGAUUUCUCAUCUUUGGAUUUCUGUAAGAAGCAACAUUUGUAACAU